AUGUUUCCAUUUUUCUGUAGCCUCCCUUCGAAUUCUUUUGCAGAACAGAGUCGGAGGGAUGAUGUUGAAUCACUCGGGUAUGUACUUAUGUAUUUCAAUCGUGGUUCCUUGCCAUGGCAGGGCUUAAAGGCAGCAACGAAACGGCAGAAAUAUGACAAAAUUGCCGAAAAGAAAAUGAGCACGCCAGUUGAAGAGCUCUGCGCAGGAUACCCCGGCAAUUUUGACUUUUUUCAUAUUUGUAAAUUUUCAGAAGCUUUUGCUACUUAUCUAAAAUACUGCAAAUCUCUUGGGUUCGAGGAGCAGCCAGAUUACUCACACUUACGCCAAUUAUUUCGUAAUUUGUUUCAUCGCGAGGGUUACACUUAUGACUACGUUUUUGAUUGGAAUUUGUUCAGGUGA